UGCUGUAGGCAAGGUCCCACCGCUGGGGUGAUUGUUUGCCUACUUUUCCCACAGGUCUCCAAACCUUUGGGAGUGGCCUCUGAAGAUGAGCUGGCUGCAGAAUUCCUACAAGAACAGAAUGCCCCCCUACUCUCCCGUGCCCCACACACCUUUAAAAUGGAUGAUCUGCUGGCUGAGAUGCAGGAGAUUGAGCAGUCAAGCUUCCGCCAAGCCCCGCAACGAGCUCCAGGUGUGGCAGCCCUGGCUCUGUCUGAGAACUGGGCCCAGGAAUUUCUGGCGACAGGAGAUACCACAGCUGAUGUCUCUGCAGAUUACAAUGAAGCUGAUUGGUCACAAGAGUUCAUUGCAGAGGUGACAGACCCUCUGUCGGUAUCUCCUGCCAAGUGGGCAGAAGAAUACUUGGAGCAGUCAGAGGAGAAACUGUGGCUGGGGGAAACAGAAGAUCAGUCACUGGCAGAUAAGUGGUACGAAGAAUAUCAACCUGAGGAUGAUCUUAAGAAGACUGCCAGUGAUUUCCUUUCUAAAGUGGAUGACCCCAAACUCAACAACUCUGAGUUCCUAAAGUUUGUUCGCCAGAUCGGAGACGGGAGGGUGUCGAUCGAGGCUAAUCAGGUGACCCUGACCCCCAGAGACCAGGAUCAGGCAGAGCAGUGGGCAUCUGAGUUUAUACAGCAGCAGGGAGCGUCUGAUGCAUGGGUGGAUCAGUUUACCCGAACUGGGAACGUGCCAGCUCUGGAUACAGAAUUUGAGCAGGCCAAGACUGCUGUUGAGUCAGAUGUGGAUUUCUGGGAUAGGCUGCAGGCAGAGUGGGAAGAGAUGGCCAAGCGGGAUGCAGAGGCUCACCCCUGGCUCUCCGAUUAUGAGGACCUCAGUACCUCCUCUUAUGACAAGGGUUACCACUUUGAGGAGGACAAUCCCAUGAGGGAUCAUCCACAGGCAUUUGAAGAGGGGCUGAAGUGCCUGGAGAAAGGCGACCUCCCCAAUGCUGUCCUGCUCUUUGAGGCUGCUGUGCAGCAGAACCCUGACCACAUGGAGGCCUGGCAGUACCUGGGAACCACCCAAGCAGAGAAUGAACAAGAGCUGUCUGCAAUCAGUGCCCUCCGGCGGUGCCUGGAGCUGCAGCCAGGGAACCUGACUGCACUCAUGGCUUUGGCUGUCAGCUUCACCAACGAGUCUCUACAGAAGCAGGCAUGUGAGACCCUGCGGGACUGGCUGCGCCACAAGCCGGCCUACGCCCACCUGGUGGGGAAGGAGCUGGAAGGGAGCCACUUGGGGCCCUCCAAGCGCAUCCUGGGCUCCUUACUGUCUGACUCCCUCUUCAUGGAGGUGAAGGACCUGUUCCUGGCAGCCGUGCGCAGUGACCCCUCGGCCGUGGAUCCUGACGUGCAGUGCGGCCUGGGUGUCCUCUUUAACCUGAGCGGCGAGUAUGAGAAGGCCGUGGACUGCUUCAGCUCUGCGCUGAGCGUGCGCCCCAACGAUCACCUGCUGUGGAACAAGCUGGGUGCCACGCUGGCCAAUGGGAAUCGCAGCGAGGAGGCUGUGGCUGCCUAUCGCCGGGCACUGGAGCUGCAGCCAGGCUACAUCCGCUCCCGCUACAACCUGGGCAUCAGCUGCAUCAAUCUGGGGGCACAUCGCGAGGCAGUGGAGCACUUCCUGGAGGCCCUGCACAUGCAGCAGAAGAGCCGGGGCCCACGGGGCCAGCAGGGCGCCAUGUCUGACAACAUCUGGAGCACCCUGCGCAUGGCCCUCUCCAUGCUGGGCCAGAGUGAUCUGUAUCAGGCAGCCGAUACACGGGACCUUCCCACCCUGCUCCAGGCCUUUGGCCUCCAGCAGUGACUCCUGGAUGGGCUCCCUUGCGAGUGCGGGGAGGGCCCAGAUCAGCAGUCGUGUUCCACACGCCCCUUUUGAAAAACAAACGUGUACGGGGGUUGCUGCACGUCUCCUCUUCAGAUCUGCCCUUCGGUUGCGGUUGCUGGGGGCAGACCCCUGGCUGCUUAUUCUGUAGGCGCUCCCGUGGCACAGUGUGACUUCUCUCACCCACCUCUGGCGGCCUGCGCAUCUGUGAGCAGCACAUAUGGCACCCCCCCGCCCCCCGCCACUGGAUGCUGGCUCUGUGCAGCAACAUGAGCUGCUGGCAUGGGGGAGCAAGUCCUGCGGGAUGGAAGGGAAGGGGAAAUAGAAACGCACCAGGGCCACUCCUUACAAGAUAAAACCACAAGCUUGCACUUGUGACUCUGCCCCUUAGCAGCACCUGUUGCUUACGGGCCGCCCUGCCAGCACAGUGCUGUACAGCUGAGACUGCCUGCAUAAGUGGGUGUGGAUGUGAGAUUGCGUUCAAGUGCUGCGUUGCCCAGCCAACCUGCUUGUGGGAGCCGAGUGCCUGGGCUGCUAACCCUAGGUCUCUUCCGGCUCAGCAUGCAGGCCCACACCGCCAUGGGUGGCUGGAUCACUUUGAGGCCUAUAGAUAUUUUUCUCACCUCUUCCAGGUGCUAGUAACUUUGCAGUGCAGUGUCCUGGUGCGGUAUGUCUCUCACUGGGCCCCAACUCUGGGAGGUGGGAGGAGGCUCUGAGACAGCAGUGAGGAGAGGAGUCCCUGAGGCUGAGUUUGGAGGCUCACCCUGGAACUAGGAUGAAGCUGGCUAAAUAUAAAGCACCUUGGCUUGAAGGCAACAACUUUUACUUGAUCAUCCAUCAUUGUAGAAUAAAUUGGGGAUUAUUUUCUGUGCAGAUAAGUCCCCCUAGCCUGUAACUGAAUCUUGUGAAUUAUAAAUACCUGUAUAUGAUUUGAGGGAAAAAAUUUUAAUUGUAAAAUAUUUUGUAUAAUUGACGGGGGGAAGAAUAAACACAUCAAACUGUUGUAGUGUCUGGCUGU